AUGCAGAAAUAUCCAGCGUUUGUGUUCGAGUGUUUUUGUGGAAAUUCAACGGUGACCCGUCCUUUUCUCUUUAUCGCAGCAGGUGGCGCUGGCGGCGGUGCUGGCGGCGCGGGCGGCGGCUCGGUGUACAAGACGGCGUACGCGUGCGAAGGCAGUCAGCUGAGCUUCGCCUGCCCGGAAGGUCAGCUGAUCUCGCUCAUCCGGGCAAACUACGGCCGCUUUUCCAUCUCCAUCUGCAACGAGCACGGCACGCUGGACUGGAGCGUGGACUGCAAGUCCAACCGGUCCUACAACGUCAUCCGGGAAAGGUGUCACCUGAACACCAGUUGUCGGGUCCUUGUGGACAGCCUGACCUUCGGUGACCCUUGCCCUGGCACCUUUAAGUACUUAGAGGUGCAGUUCCGCUGUCAGCUAGAGUCUCCUACGACAACUUCGAGCACGACGCCAUUCUCGACGUCGACAACGUCAACCACAGCGCGCCCGCAUAUCAUCAUCCCAGCCACGCAGUACCAAAGGCCACCCGCGCCAUUAAUGCCAACAUCGCCGCCAAGUCCAGCCGUGCCAUCCACAACCAGGAACACGUUCGGCGACCGCCGCAUCCCAUCCUCAUCGACAACGAUGUCUGUAACGCCUACGACAUCCACAACGACGUCUGCGCCGCCGGUAGUUGAGCGGUCCUCUGCAAGACCACAAGGUCCAGGACAGAGCUUUGACCGAGACCGGCACCAUAACGGGUCCCAUAAGGACCAGAAGAGGCCCGAGACGGCGACGGAGACCGAGAGGCGGAAAGCCGUUCCCAAGUCUGGGACGAUGUCUGAAGAUGAGGAAGCGUCUUCGACGACCGUGGGCGGCGACGGUUGGGGCGGAAGGUUCGGUGCGGUGUCUUCGACGGAUAGGCCUAUCCCCAACGACGUUCCACCUUUAGGAAGAGGACGUUACCAGGAUCCUGACAGAGCGGUGGCCGCCGAGAGUGGCUUCCCCUUACUGCACCGGGACUUUUGUCCGCCGAUGCAGUCCAGAAACAGCUUCUGGAACUGGACACGUGCCGGUGACGUGGCUGUCCAGCGGUGUCCCAAUGGAGCCAUAGGUCACGCGAGAUGGAACUGCGCACCGGGAAAUCCGCCAUCGUGGGAAUCGGACGUUCCCGACUUGAGCGCCUGCUACUCCGUCUGGAUGGAGAACCUAAAAUCCAGGACGGAAGACGGCGAUUCGGUUGUCAGCUUGGCCGUGGAGCUUGAAGUGAUCACGAGGACCAAGUCGCUCCUGGGAGGUGACAUCCUCCAGACUGCCGGGGUCGUUCAGAGGCUGCUCGGACGGAUGACACGAAAGCUCGAGGACAUACCGGACGAGCGACAACGCUACCAGGUCGUCAAGGAACUGCUACAGUCGACGGUGGAGGUGAGCAGCAACCUCCUGGAGGACUACCAGAGGGACUCGUGGAUGGAACUGCCCCCGCGGGAACGUCGUCGUGUGGCCGGCGCUCUGCUCGAAGCCCUGGACAACUCGACCUGGCUUCUGGCCGACACCAGGAACGCCGCCUUCACCUUCUCCAGAGCGCAUGGCAACGUCUUGGUGUCUGUGCGGCUGGUGGAGACGUGGGCCGCGUCGGAGAUUCGGUUCCCGGCCCACGAGGACGUUCACGGGACCGUCUGGAUGAGGAUGCAAGACUCGCUCGUCUUCCCGCCCCAGGCACUGCUGGGAAGCGCACGUAACGGAGUGGUGAAGUUGGUGUUUCUCGCGUACCGCAACAUCGAGGAUUUUCUCGGUCCGGAGUUGCUGUCUUCGUCGGAAGCCUCUUCGUCGGACAGGAUCAUCAACUCGCGCGUCAUCGCGGCGUCGGUCAACAGCCACCACAUGCUCAAGCUUCACCAGCCUGUCCUCAUCACUUUUCAACACAGAGAGGUGGAAAAUGUCACGAAUCCAAGAUGUGUCUUCUGGAGCUUCGAUGCCGAGGAUUGGUUGACUGAGGGUUGCUGGCUCAAAGAAACCAACGAGAGUCACACCCUCUGCGCUUGCAAUCAUCUGACCAACUUCGCGCUGGCCAUGGAUCGCAGGCCACCCAAGCUGUCGGCAUCGGAGCAGAAGUUGCAGCUCGUCGUGUACGCGUCUUUUGCCACCUGCAUGGUCCUCUUAAUCGCAACGGGCCUGACCCUCCAAGCCUUCAGGUCCCUGAAAGGCGAGCGGGUGACCAUCCACAAGAACCUCUGCUUCUGCCUCCUGCUCACCGAAGCCCUGCUGGCCAGCGGACUCGGGGGCCAUCCUCACCGCGUCGUCUGCGGCGUCCUGGCGGGCUUCCUGCACUACUUCUGGCUCGCCUCGUUCUUCUGGGUCCUUCUGGGAGGCUUCCAGCUGUACACCGUGCUCCUGGACGUCCUCGGCACGGAGCCACCGUCGUCCAGACUGCGCUGGUACUACCUCCUGGCGUACGCGGCCCCGGCGGUUAUCGUGUGCGUGUCCGCGGGCAUCAGCCCCGUCAGCUACGGCGUGGUGCCAUUUGCGAGCGGUACCGGACGCGGCGCCUGCUGGAUCGACAUGGAAGGCUACCAGCUCUGGAGCUUCGUUGGACCCGCAGCCUUCUGCGCACUGCUGUGCUUGAUCUUUCUGGCACUGGUGUUCUGCAAGGCGCACCGCCGUGUGGAUCCUCACGCCACGCUCAAGAGCAAAGAACAGGAGAGGAUAGCAGGCACCAGAUCCCUGAGCGUGGACUCGUCGCUGGUGCUGGUCUCGCUGUGCCUGGCGAGCGCCUUCGCCCAGCUCUACGUGUCCCGAGGCACGCAGGUGCACAGCUGCGUCUUCGCCGUCCUCAACGUCGUCCUGGGCGUUGCCGUCCUCGUCUUCUGCUGCCUCAGGAACGACAAGGUGAAGCGGGCCCUGGGUCGGCGCCUGCCGUGCGGGUUCCCGGGCUCUCGCCUGGGCUCGUCGUCGGGCGGUUCGGGCCCCAGCCAAGACGCCGGCUCCCACCAGCAGGGGCUCUACGUGCACGCCAACGGCGUCGUGCUGCCCUAUAGUUCUACCCAACAGUCCUGGAGUUCACAGAAGGAGCACGAGUCGUCAGAGGUCACGCACGACAACAGGAACUGUGCCACACAAGGUCUCCCAUCUAUAGCCACGGUGACGAACAGCUACCAAGGUGAAGAACACCCCCUGCGGAGUUGGAUCUGCAAUGCCUGGCCCCCGGCGCAACAACAGGAGGCUCUACAGCAACCGCGAGGACCUCCCCCGGACUGCCUGCCCUACCUUCAAGGCCAUUGGCCGCCCGCGCCAUACCCACCUCACAGCGAGUCCUCCUGGAAACCGCCAGACGCCUACUCCAGGACAGACCACGUCUACGAGACCAUAGAUGAAGAGGUACCGGACUCGUGGCGGUGCCAGUCGCUCCAGCCACGUCAUGGUCCUCGGCAGAGCAGCUACAGGUCCUUAGGACGCCCUGCUGGUCUAAACAACGUGAACGCUGCGGCGGACAGGACUAUCCUCGGCUCGCUGACCGCGGUGUUGACGUCGUCCCCGAGGUCGAGGCAUCUGCCCAUCAUCGGGGACUCCUGUUUGAGACAACAGGUGGCGUACUCUGGCAUCAAGAGCCCGUCGGAGUCGGAGAGGUCCUCUAGUUCGUUGACGGAAGAGGAGAGGACCGAGUCAGCGGUCCUCGAAGACAGGUGUAGGGGACGCGACGUCUGGUCAUCCGGGGGGUGCCAGAGGUCGGACGUAUAUGUGCCCGAGGGUGUGGAACACUUUUGACGGCUUCUGGUCGCUGUUGUCCAAGAUAAGGCUUGAGGACUCUAAAGGAAGGAACAUUCGUAAAAAGGUAUAGCGGCCAGCGCGGGAUAUUUAUUACUAAGGAACGAGUCAUCGCGAAGAAGAUUUGUGUGCGCAUCGGACACGACGGAAGUGUUUUUCGUCUGCGUCGUGUGCUCUGCGGUUAGAUUCUUAACUAAAGACUUUGGCGUCUGUGUUCCAUGAUGCCGAUCGGGUGGCGUUCACCAUCACCGACUGUGCAUAUCGCCAGCGCUGUGUGGCCAAGAACUUCUUUUAUCAUUAUUUUUAUUUUUCGGCGGCGAUGGACAUCUUUUGGACUCGUUUUAGCAAUUUUGCAGUUCGAGUGUUGCGACACGCGUGCAAGUUGAAAAUGACCCGAUUCCGAUCGCGUCAUUUUGUAAUAUAUCAUAUCAAAACGAAACAAACUUACAAAAAAAAGCAGCUGUUCCCUUCAAAGUUUUUUUUUUCUUUUCCAUCAAGCGAUUUACGGAAACUACGUGUUGUAUGAUACAAGUUCGUUGUUUUAUUUUAAUUAAUAAUAUUAUUUUGGUGUCGUGAGUGUGAGUGUACCUUCGACGAGUGAGAGUGUUGGAGAGAGUCUUGUGUCAGAUUUGGGUGGAUUGGGAGUUGCAAAUCGAUUUUUGUUUGAUGCAAGCUUUUCAAUGAGUCCGAUUGGAGUUUGUGCAUUUUACUUAUAUAUUUUUUUUUAUUAAACGCAAGUACAUUGUUUCACAACGCCGAGCAAGACUCACAGUCGCUAGUCAAGUGUGUUAUAAUUUUAGACAAACAAAACCAAUGUCGACAACGUGUUUCAGGCCGGUUAUUCCAGACACGUUCACACCUGACGCCGAUAUGCAAGCUAUGUUGCCCAACGUGAGAUAACAAAAAAAAUAUUUUCCAGCUUAGUUUUUUUUUAAUUUUCACGGACGUUGUUCCGUCCGAGUUUGCCUAAACUACCAACAAAUUGUCUGUCGCACGUUGGAGAGCAUCGCUGGCCAAUCGCUGGCCAAGUUUGAGCAUGUCUUUGGACGGCACACGCGCAAAAUUCACGAAACGUUCACCGAUAAGUCACCGCGUUUGGUGAAGCAAUGUAGUGUGCUGUUUCUUCCGCCUAGUUUUUUUGCUCCUGCGUCAUUUUUUUUAAAGUUUGUUUAUGUAACAUGUGGACGCGAAACUUUUUCUAGAAUUGAACUCCAUAGGGAAGGUGUUUCGACGCUCAAUUUUUAUGCAUUUAAAAAUAUUUUGUCUUGUGAGAAGCCAAACAUGCCAGCAUAUGAGUGUUUUUUUUAAUUUAUCGGGAAGAGUUACAUACUCAUUGGUGAAACAUUUAUUAUUGCACAUUACACGAAUCGUCUCGAUCAAGGAAUGUUCACCACUGCUGUGUUCUUCAUUUAGUUCGUUCAACACGACGACUGUAAAGUGUGACCAUUUGAUAACAUUUAAAACGAUGGUUCAAAAAAAAAAAAAAAAAAGGACUGCGUUUUAGGAUGAUUGAUUGUGACUAGCUAUUCUGUGCCCACUUUUAAUUAUAAGAAAUGCCGGCUCUUGCGAACGUCUGCGAGGAUCAGGGGAUGGCUGGGAACAUUCGCCUAACUUGUAAUUUAAUCACGAUACCUUCCGUGAAAUGUGCGGGCUGCUAUGUAAAGAGUGUUAAAAAGUGUGUCGGGUAUAAUUAAUUAUUGAAUAUUAAGGUGAAUCUUUGCGCCUAUGCUUGUACUUCACUCACCCCUGGGCCGGUACUGUUGUGGAAGGAGGGAUCUGUGUAAUGCAAAAAGAUAAUGUAUUUCGAACGCUGGGAGUAAAGUCUAAAAUGAACUCACGUAGCUAAGAGAACCUUUAAUACGUUUUAGCGCUUCCCAAGCAGCGUUGUACUUUUUCGGUGGGACGCUCAAAAACGGAAAAGAAGCAGCUCGGUUAACAAGACUUCACGCGAAACCAAAUUAUAAGUAUCGCUGCCAAAUUAUGAGCUUCGUUAAAAGCACGACACUGUUAAAAGUGCCUGAAUGUUAACCAUGUUGAAUGAACCCGUGACUGGAGAAGAGAAGAAACCUCAAAACGUAGAAGUUAGUUAGAAAUUAGGGACAAUUACUAAAUUACAGACCUCACGCGAGCAACACAAUAGUAGUAGUUGACGUGAUGUUCGAAAAAUUCGAGAACUCUGUAAACGCGAAAAACAAAACAAAACAAAAAAAGUUCUACCGUAACGCUGCUCAGGGGUGAACGGAGUACACGUCAUCGGUGUUGUUACGAUCAUCGAGUUAUUGUUUGGAGCAAAACUAGAACAAAGAAAGAGGAGAGCAUAGAGAGGAGGAGUUUGUACGAUACCGUUGAUGCGUCCCUCCUUUUCUUUAAUCACCGUCAAUUUCCGCGCGCGGUCGCCCAUUCUGUGAUAGCGUGGGCUGAGGCAGCCCACGACGAGUUGUCACUUUCGUCGGGGUUGACGCGACCGAACAGCCGCCAAGUAUGUAUACGUCUGCGCGACCUGUCAACAUGUGUGAAUGCGCGUGUGUUUGUGUGUUUGGUUGUCCGUGCGUUUGUUGUUGGCGUGCUGUGUUCUAUUGUUUUUUCUCGUCCGCGUUGGAAGUGAAAUGGCUUUUAAGAAGAGACAAACAAAAAGAGCGAAAUAAACUAUUUGUGUACUUAA